CCUGCUAAGGGCAUGCCAAAGGAUAAGGUCAUAAAGCUUCUGAAGGACAUCUCAGGGAAGGAGACGAAGUGGAGGGAUGGGAUGAUUUCAGGCACAGUUUAUCACGGAGGCGACGAUACAACCCAAGUGAUCUCGGCAGCUUUCUCUGAAUUUGCCGUCUCGAAUCCGCUGCAUCCCGACGUGUUUCCGAGCAUUCGCAAGAUGGAGGCGGAGAUUGUGCAGAUGUGCUGUGAAAUUUUCCGAGGAGACGAGAACUGCUGCGGGACGAUGACGAGUGGAGGAACGGAGAGCAUUGUCAUGGCAGUCAAGACGUACCGCGACUGGGCCAAGGACACGAAAGGGAUCGAAUACCCAGAGCUCAUCAAGCCCGUCAGUGCGCACGCCGCUUUCGACAAAGCAUGUCACUAUCUUGGAGUCAAGAUGAUUGAGGUCCCUGUGGAUCCAGUUACCUUCAAGGUGGAAAUCUCGGCUAUCUCCAAGGCUGUCAACCGCAACACGAUCGUCAUCGUCGCAUCGGCCAUCACCUACCCGCAAGGUGUCAUGGACGACAUUCCUGCUAUUGCCAAGAUAGCCUUGUCCGCUAGAUGCGGUUUGCACGUUGACAACUGUCUCGGAAGUCUCUUGCUUCCCUUCCUUCCUGCCGCCGGCUACUCCAGGCCUCCGUUUGACUUCUCCGUAGAGGGAGUGACAAGUCUUUCAGCAGACACUCACAAGUACGGGUUUGCUCCGAAAGGGAGCUCGGUCAUCCUGUACCGCACACACGAGUUGAGGCACUUCCAGUACUUCGUUGCUGCUGAUUGGACCGGGGGAAUUUAUGCAACUCCUUCCUUGGCUGGUUCGAGAUCAGGAGCAAUCAUAGCAGGGACCUGGGCUGCGAUGAUGUACAUGGGAAAAGAAGGGUACAUCUCAGCAGCUCAGAGCAUCAUGCAAGUCACCCACAAGAUCGCUCAUGGCAUCAUGCAGAUAGCGCAAUUGAAGCUUCUAGGCUCGCCGGAUAUGAGCGUUGUGUGUUUCACUUCCAACAAGAGCUCCUUGAACAUCUUCAAUGUUGGCGACGCCAUGUCCUCUAGGGGCUGGUCGCUCUCUAUCCUCCAGUUCCCUGCCUCUAUCCACCUCUGCGUGACCAACGUGCACACUAAGGGAAAGGUGGCUGAAAAAUUCCUCGAGGACCUCCAGGCAUCUAUCGUAGAAGUAGAGACUGCGGAACCUGGAAAGUUCAAGGAUGGGAUGGGAGCGAUAUACGGCAUGGCAGAGAGCAUUCCGGACCGGAGUUUGGUGGAUUCCAUCGCCAAGGACUACAUCGAUGCGCUCUAUGCUGCAUGACAGAGAGCGCAGCUGGACCAAAACGACACAGGCACAGGAAGUAGAAGAAUCUCAAACCUAAUGACUUGACUGUACCUGAGCAUGUUGUUUGACGAUGAAGGAGCAAUCAAGGGGAGUAGGGGCCCCACUAGAGUUCUAAAGUUAAACGAGUGUGAAGACU